CGUGCUUAAUUGUUGUCACUUGUCUGCUUAGUUGUAAGUUGACAUAAGUAAAAUUUUUCAGCAAAUAUGAUACAUUUACUUAGGAUUUUAUUUUAUCCUGUAUAUUAUUAUUUUUUAGGAACUUUCGCAAUAAUUGAGGAUAUAUUUUUACGCCGCUACAACAAAUGUGAGUUGAAGACGCGUAGUGGAGAUGUAGCUGUGAUAACAGGUGGGGCUCGAGGUAUUGGAGCUGCAGUUGUCAAGAAACUGCUGCAAUGUGAGAUGCACGUUGUCAUUGGAUGUAGAAAUGUGAGUGCGGGCUCUGAGAUGGUGAGGAAGCUGAGAGCAGAAGGGAUCACCUCUGGUUCAACCUCCAUCUUGCCAUUAGACAUGGCCUCUCUUGACUCUGUGACAGCGUUCGCUACGGCCGUACUCAACUCCCGGCCUAAAGUUCACCUUCUCAUCAACAACGCUGGCAUCAUGUUUACUCCGUAUGAAGAGACUGUGGAUGGAUUCGAGUCCCAGUGGGCCGUCAACUACCUCGGCCACUUCCUACUGUGCCAUCUGCUGCUGCGGAGGCUGCAUGAAACAGCUCAGACGGACGGAAUCGCAAGGAUAGUCAAUGUAACAUCGUGUGCACAUCAUGCAGCCUACCCUAUCGACUAUGACAACAUCAACAUGAAAUACAACUUCAUAACACAAGCAGCGUACGCUCAGUCCAAGGCAGCCCAGCUGAUGUUCACCCUACAUUUAGACCGAGCCCUGCGCAAGAUGGAUUCUCAAGUAAGGGUGGUGGCUGUACACCCCGGCAUCGUCAACACUGAUUUGUUCAAUGGAACCUACAUGAAGAUAAUCAUGCCAUGGGCUCCUGGACUACUGUUCAAGUCAGCUGAGGAAGGUGCGACUACAGUCAUGUUUGCCGCUCUCCAUGCUAAGGGCGGAGACUACAUCAGCAACGCUAGAUCAGCUUCCAUCUCAAAAUUGGCUCAGGAUCAGCAAGCACAAGUCCAACUGUUUAACCACUCGAAGCGUACAUUGGGCAUCUUGUCCUUCGGUGGUCUUGAGUUAUAAACAAGCGCUUCUCAACCGUAACAGUAUUUCCUAUUUGCAUUUAAUUAUUUAAGUCUUUUAUUUAUUGUGUACUUAAUUCUGAGUCACUGUUACUUUCUGUUAUAGCUUUAAGUGGUUUUUUAGUUCUGCUAGGUUUAAAUAUUUUGCAAUGAAUGGUUGUAGCAUUAAAAGACUUUUUUAAGUUUUCUAAGCAUUAAAAGUAUCUAUUUAAGUUUUUGUUUUUAA